UCAUUAUUUAGUAAGCAUUUUAUUGAGCCAUGUUUAUUCAUUUAAUUUCUUCUUUUUUCCGAAAUUUCAGUAUUUAUGGCGUAUUUUAUCAAACAACACCGAUGUACCUAAUUCGAGAUACAGAUCUUCUGCGACAAAUCACAGUAAAAGACUUCGAUCACUUCCUGAACCACAAUAACUUCUUUGGUGAGGAUUCUCAUGAACUCCUUACAAAGUCUUUGUUUCAAAUGAAAAACGACAAGUGGAAAGAUAUGCGCAGCACAUUAAGUCCAGCAUUUACUGGCAGUAGGCUACGUCAAAUGUUUGAGUUAAUUAAUCAGGUGGCCGAAGACAGUACAAACUAUUUGCACAAACUACAUUCCAAAGAAUCUUGCAAUGGUAUUGAGUUAAACUUAAAGGACUAUGCAACGCGUUUUACAAAUGAUGCCAUCGCAUCAACAGCUUUCGGCUUACAAGUGAACUCUUUUGAAGAAAAGGAUAAUACCUUCUAUAUGUUGGGAAGAAAGGCGACUUCGUUUUCAUUUUGGAUGAACUUAAGAUUACUGUUGAUCAUACAGUGCAAAGGCUUGGCAAAGCUUCUUCGAAUUGAGUUCGUUGACAAAAACUCAACUAAGUACUUCUGUCAACUAGUUCUUGAUGCUUUUAAAUAUCGCAAAGAACGAAAUAUUCGUCGGCCUGAUAUAAUUAACUUGCUAAUGGAGGCCCGCGGUCUCUUUCCUACCGACUCGCCAAAGGCACAUAAUCGUGAAUGGACCGACACGGAAAUGGUGGCGCAGUGCUUCCUUUUCUUUUUCGGCGGUUUUGAAACUAUGGCGACACUGAUUUGUUUUGCAGCAUAUGAAUUAAUGGGGAAUCCGAUUGUACAAGAAAAACUGUUUGAAGAGGUUGAAGAAAUUAAUAAACGAAGGGAAGGUAAAAGAUUGACAUAUGAAGAUUUACAAGGGAUGAAAUAUUUGGAAAUGGUUGUAAAUGAAACUUUGCGAAAAUGGCCACCCAUUAUAACGCUAAAUCGAAUUUGUACAAAAGAUUUUCUAUACGAAGCCAACGGCGAACGUACGGAAAUAAAGAAAGGCGAGGUUAUUUUGGUGCCAGUGUCAGGUAUUCAUCGCGAUCCGCAGUACUAUCCAAAUCCAGAUAAUUUUGAUCCUGAACGCUUUAGUGCCGAGAACAAGGACCAAAUCAAACCAUUUACUUUUCUGCCUUUUGGAGAGGGACCACGUAAUUGUAUCGCUUCACGCUUCGCUACGCUGGAAGCAAAGGCAAUACUCUAUUAUUUAGUGCGCGAUUUUCGCAUCACCGCUGCCAAAAGGACUGCAUUACCAAUCGAGUUGGAGAAAAACGGCUUACGUGUAGCGCCAAUAAAUGGUUUCUGGUUGAAACUUAUCGCGCGAAAUAAGAUAUAAAUUGAAAUUGGAAACUGUCAUGAAAAAUUAAUGAUUUGGUUUAUCAACAAGACAAAUUGAAGAAAAAGUUAAAAUACAUUUAACAUAUCGUCUUCAUCAAUUAGUCUGUUGGAAUAGAUCUUCAAUGAAAUAUAUUAGUGCUGGGAGUUAUCGAUACCAAAAGUACUCAGAACUCGAUUCUCAGAAGGAUCGAUAGUACCCGAUUUUUAAAAAUAUCCAUACUGAGUACUCCAUAGUACUCAGUACUCACAAAAGAACUCGAAACUACGGAGAACUCAAAAGUACUCUGUUACAAUUAUGAUCUUGAUGCAUGUACUCAGGAUAGAUUCAAAGUACUAAGUAUUAAGUGUCGAAUAGAUACUUAAAAGUACUGAGUUCUAUUUACAUUUACCGGUAUUCAGAAAUGAUUGUAUGUACUCAAUUUCAAGUUUCAA